GCAAAAAGUGAUGCUUAACAUUCAUCUGGGUGGUCGAGCAAUUACGAUCAAAAUUGCAUUACACUGUAAACAUGAUAAACGUUAAAGUUGUCGUUUGUUUGCUGCUCAGCCUGUGCGCUGUUGCCUGGUCCACCCCCGUCGUCCGACCACUCCCACCAACAAAACCCACUUCCAAUGACACGGCGGCCAUAUCUCCAUUCAGAAAUCCAGUCUUUGACAUGAAACUAACGCCGGAACAGAUGAGGUCAGGGGUAAUUGACGAGCGAUAUCGCUGGAGAAAUGGAUUCAUUGUCCACCCGGAUAGGGGGUUCAACCAAAAUGAGUACAGUGUAAUCAACGACGCUCUGUACGAGUUAAGCCAACAUUUGUGCAUACAAGUGUUAAUGUGGCCACAAGAUUCGAACCCUACUGGAGAUUAUGUCGAAAUUAUGAGAGGCGGUUCUGGAUCUGGAUGCUGGGCUUGGGUUGGCAGACUCGGGGGGAGACAGGACUUAAACUUGCAAUUUGAUGGAUGCAUUUACAAACAUAUUGUUCAACAUGAAUGUAUUCACGCACUGGGCUAUUACCAUGAACAGUCAAGACCCGACAGAGAUGACCAUGUUAACAUUCUAUGGAACAAUGUCAUCCCAGACACUUCCCACAAUUUCGAUAAAAUGGAUGACACCACCACUUUCGGCGUUCCAUAUGAUACGAGGUCCAUUAUGCAUUACGACAGCUACGCCUUCAGCAGCAAUGGACAGCCAACUAUCCUCGCUAAGGAUGGAUCUACAGUCGGAGGUAACUCAAUCACUGGUAACGAUAUUGCAAAAUUGCAGCGAAUGUACAACUGUUAAAAUAUUGAAUAAAAAUGCAUAUUACGCAGUACUGGCAGA